CAAAGAGAAGGUUCUACGACUGUUAUCCGUCGUGUUGCAGUGAUAAGUUCGCCUAGUGCCUUGAAUCGGUUUAUCGUAUAAAUUAGUAUGUCAAGGAGGAGAGGUGUCAGUGCUGAUGAGAAAAAGGCAAGGUUGUUGAAUUUGUUCCACGAGAAGAAGGAAUUUUUCCAACUUAAGGAAUUGGAAACGAUUGCAUCGAAGGAGAAAGGUAUUGUCGCCCAGACUGUUAAAGAUGUCCUGCAGAGUCUUGUCGACGACAACUUAGUGGAAACGGACAAAAUUGGAACGUCGACAUACUACUGGUCCUUCCCAAGCCAUUCUAUUAAGAUGAAAAAAAUGGAGAUUGCACGACUUGAAAAGGAAAUUGAAAAUACCAGGAAAGCUCUGUUUGAAACCAAAGAUAAAAUUAUUGAAGCUAAGGUUGGAAGAGAAGACAUGUCUAAAAGAACCCACGUGAUCGAAGAGAACAAAGUAAUCACAGCCGAGAAUGAAUAUUUGCUGAAAGAACUUCAAAAAUAUAAACAAAAUGAUUCUGCCGAUCUUGAAAAAAUGCUGAACGAUACUGAGGUUGCAAAAGAAGCGGCAAAUAGGUGGACGGAUAACAUAUCAUCAUUGAAAUCCUGGUGCAAAAAUAAGUUCUUCAUCGAGGAAGAUGUAAUAAACAAACAAUUCGGGAUACCAGAAGAUUUAGAUUACAUUGAAUAAACUUUUUGGAACCAGUAUAAUAUUCAGCUGUAAUUUUCAAUGUAAAUAUUUAAAAAAAAUGUAUGGAGUUUACCAUGCCAUACUUAUUUCAUAUUGACUAAAUGAUUGAAUUAAA